AUGGAGUCCGACGAGUUCCCAGAUCACAACGACGACGCACCUACCUGCACGUUUCUGUGUGAAGUUCCUGGCAUCGUUGACAUCGAUGAGCGCGGCGAUCGCGUUCUGCAUAUCGGUACCAACAAGUGCGAGAUCGACAACGACGGCAAUCACCACCACACGGAAGCCAUGCGCUUUCGUGUUUGCUCGCGAGCCUUAUCGCGGCUCUCACCUGUACUGGGGGUCUUGUUUUUUGGCCCUUUCCUUGAGGCAAAUCAAGAUAUGGUCUACCUACCUGAGGAUGAUCCAAAAGCCAUGAAGAUAUUGCUCUAUAUUGCACACGGUCAAAUCGACCCUGUCUACGAGGUUGCCGACAGAUAUCCGGGCGAUGAGGACAGCCAUCGACUGUUAGAAGAUCUCUACGAUAUUUUUGUUGUUGCAAAUAAGUAUCUGGUCACUCAACCACUUCGCCCAUGGACAUCUAGCUGGUCUUCGGCAUUGUUGCCCUUGACUCGUCCAAGUUCGAACAUCAAAGACCAUUGCGAAAGACUUGAAAAGCUGUUGUAUAUCUCCAGCGAGGUUGGCCAUUUCGAGAUGUAUAACAAGGCAUUCCUCAGCUUGGUUUCCCACCACCAAAAUGAUAGGGAAAUGUUCUCUACUACUCUUGAGCCAGAUGGUGUCAAAGACCGGGUCUUCUCAGUUCGAUUGCGGCUCAUUGAGGAAACGCUAGGUGCAUUGAAGGAACUCAUUGACCCCUUCCUUGACGACAAUGUAGAAGCCAGCGACUAUGACUGCAGUGCAAAGGGACCAAUGACCCAGAUCAACUGUCGAUUACACACUCUGGCAGUCAUCCUGCGACACUUGAAGAAGAAAUCAUUAUUUCCGCUGCCCGAGCCAAAGGACGUCAUCGAGAGUGCGGCAAGCCUACACGGACGAGUGACUAAGGGUCUAUGGUCCGGCCCUACACUCCACAAAGACUGUGCGAUUCGACCGCAAUUGUCUUCUGCUCUUUCAAACGCGUAUACGGUAACGACCAGUCUUUACCUACCACCGGCACCACUGUUCGAAACCAUGUCAUCUAGAGCCACAUAUUUCGGCUUCUCACAACCCGUCGAAGAGUCCGAAGCAGGUCCCAAUUCAGAGCCUAAUGGACUUUCCCAAGACUUCAAUUACACGAAUGAAGGAUGGGGCGGAGAAUUGAGCGACUUCCACCAUGAAGCAGACCCAUGGGGAUCUGCCUCAAGUGCUAGCUGGAUGAAUUGA